AGAUACUGCAGUAGUUUCCAAAAUAGGCGAAAAUUUCACUCAAAUUACCUUGAAAAGUGCAAUAACUAAUUCAAAUUCAAUGUUUUAAGUGAAAUUAUCAAGUGUGUGGUACAAAAUGGCGCGCGGCUGUUUAGAAUUGUACAUAUUGUUAAGUUUUCCUUUCGUUUCUUUGUGUCAGCAAGAUUCUGGUAUUGUGUUUAAUUAUAACAACACAUACAAAUUUGAUGUUGAAUACACAGUCAAUGUCAGUAAAAGUGUGGAAUACAUCAUGGAGUUUGCCGGGGACUCAUUCGACACCCCGGCGCGAGUGACUGUCGCCAGCAACUUCGCCAACAGCACAUUCCCUCUCUUUGUCACGGCCCGACAACAGAAAGGGGUGUCGUCCUGGCAGCUGCCCAUGGUGGUGGAGGUGCCUGGCAGCUUCCAGCAGUUCACCAACAUAUCGCGGACUCUCUGUCCACACAACAACAUGUUCGCCGAGGACGAGGACACGUGCGACGUCUCGAACCAGAACACUCCGCUCGUCCACCUAACGUCCUCCUCGCCGGACCCGAUAGAAGUUACUAUUGUAGUAGAAACGGUCAAAGAUUUCUACAUAAAGUUGAAUACUACUACUAAUAUAACGGUGACGCCGAGCCAGCCGAAAUAUUACUUCUUUCCUUUUAAACAAGAAAAGGAAAUGGACUUGAAAAAACAAAGUGAGAAAAGACAGUCCAUGUGCAGCGGAGAAGAGAAGAGCGUGUUUCUGGAGAACAUAUUCGAAAGUCAAGAGUCAUACUCGUGGUUCAGACAACCGAAGAGCGUGAUCGUCAUGAUAGAGUCAGACGAUGACGUUUGUGCUGUUAUAUCUAUACAGAAUUUUUCGUGCCCAGUAUUCGAUAAUGAGAGAAACAUACUAUACGAUGGAUACUACCUGACGAUGACGAGGCGAGGAGGUAUCACUUUAAAUCAAGACAUGUUCCCCGUCGGCUUCUACAUAGUUUUCAUAGUGAAAACUUCAGACGAGGACUGCACGGGUCAAAACGCGAACAAAACUCUACCCACCAUGGCGCGGUAUCUGGGCUGGGAGCAGAACUACGUAGCCACCACGGCGAGGACUAAGAACUUCACCCUCCGCAUCAUAGCGACGAUAUCAUACCAGGACUACUUGAUCGCAGCGGGGGCUGCGCUCGGGUUCUUCUUAAGUUUUUACGUGGCGUUUAUAAUCACGGUCGUGUACCAACGACGUAAGGCGAGACAAGAUGCUGAGGCUAACUUGAAUGAAGGUAAGAAAAAAUAUAGCCGGACAGUAUUUGGCUAGGAUGGACGGCACGCCACGCCCAUCAACGCGGAGGCCGAGAGCACCUCGCAGCGGUGUCUAGUGGGCGACGGAGAUCUUAAAAUAUGAUCUGGCAUUGUUACAGAAUGCAGUUCGUCGUCAGACACGGAAUCUGACUAUUCCACAUUGGAUGACAUCAAUCGAGAGAAAGAUCUCAGGAUAAUGGGGAGGCUGUGCGUCGCGAACUUAGCCAGGUGUCGCCCCCGAGUAUUGCAGGCGCGCUCCAAAAUGUACCUGUGGAAUGUUCUAACGGUAGCCGUGUUCUACACACUGCCGGUCAUACAGCUGGUGGUGACAUACCAAAGGCUGCUAAACCAAUCAGGCAACGCGGACCUAUGCUACUUCAACUCUUUAUGCGCCCAUCCCCUACUGGCACUCUCUGACUUUAACCACGUGUAUUCUAACUUGGGAUAUGUGGUGUUGGGGGCGCUUUUUCUGGCCGCUGUGUGGCGCCGGCACGACUGGUACCAGGCUCGGCUUAGGCGAGAGAAAGAGCUGGGCAUACCACAGCACUUCGGUCUUCUAUACGCCAUGGGCAUAGCGCUGGUCAGCGAAGGCAUGCUCUCAGCUGCCUACCACGUUUGUCCCAACAGCAUGAACUUCCAGUUUGAUACAUCGUUCAUGUACGUGACAUCGGUUCUGUGUAUGGUGAAGAUAUACCAGUCCCGGCAUCCGGAUAUCAAUGCGAGGGCGCACGCCACUUUUGGUGUGCUGGCGCUUAUUAUAUUCGUUGGUCUGGUGGGCGUACUGAACGCUAACGUAUACUUCUGGGUGGCGUUCACGAUCCUCCACCUCACCACGUGUCUCAUAAUGACCUUCCAGAUCUACUAUCUUGGCAGGUUCCGAUUGGAUAGCGGUGUUAUAUACCGCGCCACACGAGAGCUGGUUUCAAGGCCGCUAGCCGCCAUAACACCUACAUACGUUGGCCGCUGCGUGUUGCUUGUAAUAGCCAACUUGGCCAACUGGGCUAUAGCGGCUUACGGCGUAGCGCAGCAUAGCCGAGACUUCGCGUCACAUCUGCUGCUGGUGCUGAUGAGUAACCUCUUCCUGUACACACUCUUCUACAUCGUUAUCAAGCUGCUACACAGAGAGUCGAUACGGUGGUACAGCUGGGUGUUCAUAGUGCUGACGUAUGCCACCUGGUUCAGUUCCAGCUACUUCUAUUUGGACCAGAUCACCAAUUGGGCGCUAACCCCAGCCCAAUCGCGACAGAGCAACCGUCCGUGCUCUCUACUUCAAUUAUACGACGCUCACGACAUCUGGCACUUCAUGUCCUCAAUCGCCAUGUUUUUCUCAUUCAAUAUGUAUCUGACGAUAGACGAUAACCUCAUGGAUACGCCGAGGAACGAGAUUAUGGCGUUCUAGUUAAAACUAGAAAAAAAUAAUACUAGCAAUGGCAAUAAUUAUACAGUGUGGCCAAAAAAUAAGUGCAUUCCCGUUGCCAG